GACAGGCGCUCCAGACCCUUCCCCAGCCCCACUGCCCUGCCCAGCCCCGGGGAUCUCCCCCGCCCUCCGGCGCUGCCGGGACGCGGCGCCGCUCGCUCCCCUCACGCGCAGGGCGGGCCCCAGCCGGGGCGGGCACUCCGGGCCAGGUGCGCCGCUCCGCGCCUGCGCAGAGCCGGCCGCCGGCCGCGUUCCAUCCGGGCACCGCGCUCAUUGUGCGCGCGGCCGCCGCGCUCGCUCGCCCGCUCUAAAAUGGCCGCCGCCGCCUCCGCUCCCGCCGCCGCUGCCGCGGGGGCUCCUGCGGCUCCCGCCGCACCCGCGGCGCCGCCCACCGAGAGCAAGAGGAUCAGCGACCUGCGCGUCAUCGACCUCAAGUCGGAACUGAAGCGGCGCAACCUGGACAUCACCGGCGUGAAGACGGUGCUCAUCGCCCGGCUCAAGCAGGCUAUUGAAGAGGAAGGAGGUGAUCCAGAUAAUAUUGAAAUAAGUGUUUCAGCUGACACACCCACCAAGAAACCAACUAAAGGCAAAGGUAAAAAGCAGGAAGCUGAUGAAUUGACUGGUGAUGCCUCAGUAGAAGAGGACUCCUUUGUCAAGGAAAGUGAACUGGAGACUCAAGAUGCAAGUGAUCAAGAUGGAAAUGAUGAAUUGAAAGACUUCAAAGAGUCUGUUGAAGAUGAGAACUUGAAUUCUAAAGAACUACCCUCUGCAGAAAAGAAAAGAUACCAUGACCUGGAGCCAGUGGAGACAACAGAAGAUGUGGAGAAGGAUUCUGAAAGUCAGGAAAAUGAAGGUCCAGACAUAGAAGAUUACACUUUUCCAACUGUCCAUGAUGGGGAAGAUGAAGAAAAUGAGAAAGAUAAAGCAGGUUCUGGUGAUGGUACACAAGAAGUAUCUAAACCUCUUCCUUCAGAAGAAAGCCUAGCUGAGGCUGAUCACACGGCUCAUGAAGAGAUGGAAGCUAACACCUCUGUGAAAGAAGCUGAGGAUGAUAACAUAUCGGUUACAAUCCAGGCCGAAGAUGCCAUCACUCUGGAUUUUGAUGGUGAUGACCUCCUAGAAACAGGUAAAAAUGUGAAAAUUACAGAUUCUGAAGCAAGUAAGCCAAAGGAUGUGCAGGAUACCAUUUCACAGAGCCUGGAGAAGGAAAGCAAGGACUAUGAGAUGACUGAGAACCAUAAAGAUGGUAAGAAGGAAGACUGCGUGAAGGGUGAUCCCGUCAAGAAGGAAGCCAGAGAAAGUUCAAAGAAAGCAGAAUCUGGAGACAAAGAAAAGGAUACUUUGAAGAAAGGUCCCUCGUCUACUGGGGCCUCUGGUCAAGCAAAGAGCUCUACUAAGGAGUCUAAAGAAAGCAAGACAACAUCAAAGGAUGAUAAAGGAAGCACGAGCAGUGUUAGUGGUAGCAGUGGAAGUUCAACUAGAAACCUGUGGGUUAGUGGACUGUCUUCCAACACAAAAGCUGCUGACUUGAAAAAUCUCUUUGGCAAAUAUGGAAAGGUACUUGGUGCAAAGGUGGUCACAAAUGCACGAAGCCCGGGGGCAAAAUGCUACGGCAUAGUAACAAUGUCCUCUAGCACAGAGGUGGCCAGGUGCAUCGCACACCUGCACAGGACAGAGCUGCACGGACAGCAGAUCUCUGUGGAGAAAGUAAAAGGUGAUCCUUCCAAAAAAGAGCUGAAGAAGGAAAGUGAUGAGAAAUCUAGUUCGGGUAGGAGCAUAGGAGAUAAGAAGACCACGUCAAGUGACAAAGCCAGCAAAACUCCAUCAACCAAAAAGGAAGAAAAGAAAUCAGAGAAAUCUGAAAAAAAAGAAAGUAAAGAAGCCAAGAAAACAGAAGGUAAAGAUGAGAAGAGUGAUAAUGGAACAAGUGGCCCUAAUCAAGAAUCCACUAAAAAAACUGAAGAAAAGAAAAGAAUAAGUGGUAAAAGCCCAGGUCAAGUUGUAGUUUUAGACCAAACAAAAGGAGACCAAGGCCACACUAGGACAGUUAGAAGGGGAAGGUUUGAUAAACCACAGAUAUUGAGGAACAAAGAGCGUAUUAUUCAAGAUAAAGUGAAAUUCAGGGAAUACAGGGGUAGAAAGGAUAUCUUGCCUUUUGAAAAGAUGAAGGAACAGAGAUUGCGAGAACACAUGGUUCGAUUGGAAAGAAUACGACGAGCUGUUGAACUGCGAAGGCGAAGAGAAAUUGCUGAGCGAGAACGCCGCGAGCGAGAACGGAUACGGAUAAUGCACGAGCGAGAAGAGUGCCUGCAGAGGGAAAGGGAGAGACUGGAAAUCGAGAGGCAAAAGCUGGAGAGGGAGAGGAUGGAACGGGAGCGUUUGGAGCGAGAGCGCGUUCGGAUCGAACAGGAGAGAAGAAAAGAAGCGGAGCGAAUUGCACGGGAGAGGGAGGAGCUUCGGCGGCAGCAGCAGCAGCUCCGCUAUGAACAGGAAAAGAGGAAUUCUUUGAAACGGCCACGGGAUGUAGAUCACAGGAGAGAUGAUCCAUACUGGAAUGAGAGUAAGAAGAUGGCUCUUGAUACAGAUGCACGUUUUGGCCAUGGCUCAGAUUACAGCCGCCAGCAGAACAGGUUCAAUGACUUUGAUCACAGAGAACGAGGCCGGUAUCCAGAAGGUUCUUCUGUUCCAUCAUCUUCUUUUGAUAGGCGAGAUCGUUUUGUAAAUCAAGGUGAGGCAAAAAAGACUCGCCCAACAGCACGAAGAGAAGAGCCAGGGUUUGAGAGAUAUCCCAAGAGCUUCAGUGAGUCCAGAAGAAAUGAACCACCACAGCCAAGAAGUGAACUCCGGGACACGGACAGACGGGAAGUGCGGGGAGACAGAGAUGAAAGGAGAACGGUGAUAAUUCACGACAGACCAGAAAUACCACACGGCCGACAUCCCAGAGAAACCGGUUCCAACCCACCUAGGCAAACAAAUUGGAAGAGUGAGGGAAGCAUAAGCACAGACAAACGAGAUGGCAGCAAUUUUUACAGAGGCGAGCGGCCGGAUCGGUCGGGAAGGGAAGUGUCCGGCCAUGUGAGGGGAGCACCUCCCGGGAGCCGCAGCAGCGCCUCCGGCUAUGGAGGCAGGGAAGGAGAGCGCGGCGUGAUGGGAGAGAGAGGUGGAGGACAACACUACAACGAGGACAGACACGUCGUAGAACGCCACAGUCGUGAAACUGGACCAAGGAAAGAAUGGCAUGGACCUAGUUCUCAAGGAAGUAGCUAUCAUGACACAAGGAGAAUGGGAGAUGGCCGUGGAGGAGGGGGCAUGAUGGCUCCACAUACAAGUAACUCUUCACCCAUUAAUAGAGUUGUACAGAUCACAGGCAAUUCCAUGCAGAGGGGAAGUGGCUCAGGAUUUAAGCCAUUUAAAGGUGGACCUCCGCGAAGAUUCUAAGAUCUACAGCUGUUUGGUUUCAAGAUAACUUAUUGAAAUCUCUUGUAAACUUUCUCUGAUUAAGAACAGGAAAUCUUGUCUGGAAAUCCUGGUUAAAUUUUUUUAAUUUAACAUGAUUAUUUUCCUCUCAAUUUUGGAGGCAUUUUAAUAGUUGCGUUGUAAUUUUGGAUAGUUUUUGUGUAUCUUUGAUAAACAUUUUCCCUGAGGCACUAGAGCUGUGUAUAAAAAAAUCGGAACCAAAAUUGUUAAUUCUGUAUAAAAGAAUAGUUUGCAGCUGUGCGCUAGUAGUUUGAUUUGCCAACAUUAGCUCUGUGGUGUCAUGCUUUAAAGUUAGCUACUUCUCACAACAUCCACAAUAACCUCCAUUUUGAAGGUUGUCCAGGCUAUUAUCUCUGCUUUCUAAUUUGUAGAGAAAUAAGAUUUGUUCUUUCAUUACUGGGUAUUAUGUAACCUAUUUUUGCAGAAGGUACUGUUACAUUGAGUGCAUUUAUGUGUAUUCUUGCAAAUGUAUUCUUUUGAAAUAAACCUUCAUAUUCUGUAUA